AUGGAAGAUCACGGGCUAUCCUUAGCAGCACAGAAAACUGAGAUUGUGCUACUAACGAAGAACCGCAUCAACACUUUGCGCAGCUUCACCGUAGGGGACGCGACGGUCCAGACUAAGUUGUCUGUCAGAUACCUAGGAGUAAUGCUCGAUUGUAAAUUCUAUUACGGAGAGCAUAUAAUAAGGGUUGCUGACAAGGCGGCAAAAGUAAUAUUCCCGCUCGGCACACUCGUGGCCAAUGUCAAAGGUCCCCGACCGUGCAUUAGGCGACGACUCAUGCGUGCCGCCGAAGCAGUGAAGCUGUACGGCGCAAAAAUAAGGUCCGAGCAGGAAACUAGAGGCAAAUGGACUUCCCGACUUAUCAGUCGACUAGAGAACUGUAUAACCCGGGUGCAGGGAGAGGUAGAUUUCUACCUCACCCAAUUCCUGACAGGACAUAGCCUGUUCCGCACCUACCUCGUAAAGAUGAGGAAAGUAGCAGAUGGCAACUGCCCCUAUGGCGAAUCAACCGUCGACGACGCCCGCCACACAUUCUUCAUAUGUGCACGUUGGACUGCCGAACGAUUUUCCUUGGAGCAGGAGCUUGGAGACAUCUCGCCGGAAGACAUUGUGGAGAAAGUGCUGCGAGGACAGAAAGAGUGGAACAAGGUUGCAUGCUACGUGAGGGCAAUCUUACGUAAAAAGAAGAAGGAGAUGGGCGGCCCAUAG